GCCACCAUGAGGAAGCUCUUCAGCUUCGGGAGACGCCUGGGCCAGGCGCUCCUGAGCUCCAGGGACAAAGAGUACGCGGGUCCCGGGUACCACAUCCUGGACUGGGAACUGCGGAAGAUCCACAGGGCGGCCAUCAAGGGCGACGCCGCGGAGGUGGAGCGCUGCCUGAGGCGGUUUCGGGACGUGGACGCCCGCGACAGAAAGGACAGGACUGUUCUACAUUUUGCCUGUGUCCAUGGCCAUAUAGAAGUGGUUACUCUCUUGCUGAGGAGAAGAUGCCAGAUCGACAUCUAUGACAGACUUAACAGGACACCUUUAAUGAAGGCUGUACAUUGCCAGGAAGAGGCUUGUGCCAUUAUUCUCCUGGAACGUGGCGCCAAUCCAAACAUUAAGGAUAUCUACGGCAACACUGCUCUCCAUUAUGCUAUGUAUAACAAGGGGACUUCACUGGCAGAAAAACUGCUUUCCCACCGUGCAAAUAUUGAAGCACUAAAUGAGGAAGGAAACACUCCACUUUUGUUUGCUAUAAAUUCUAGGAGACAGCAAAUGGUGGAAUUUUUAUUGAAGAACCAGGCAAAUAUACAUGCUGUUGACAAUUACAGAAGAACAGCCCUCAUGCUUGCUGUGCAGCAUAACUCGUCAAGUAUCGUCAGCCUCCUCCUUCAACAAAAUGUAAAUAUCUUUUCUCAAGACAUGUUUGGCCAAACUGCCGAGGAUUAUGCUGUUUGUUGUGAUUUGAGGAGCAUUCAACAACAAAUUUUGGAACAUAAAAAUAAGAUACUUAAAAAUCAUCUUCGAAAUGACAAUCAAGAAACAGCAGCUGUGAAGCCUGCAAAUUUGAAAAAAAGGAAAGAAGGUGCAAAAGCAGAACACAACUUAAAAGUGGCUUCAGAGGAAAAGCAAGAAAGGCUUGAAAGAAGUGGAAAUAAACAGCCACAGGUUUCUCAAAGUUAUCAAAAAAGCUAUCUAAAGCAAGCACAGCAUCAAAUAAAGGAAAUGAAGCAGAUGCAUCCAAGUGAGGAAGCUAAAGAGAGUCAUUCCAUUGGAAAGCAGAACUCUUUAGAGGAGAGAAUACGUCAACAAGAACUUGAAAAUCUCUUGCUUGAACAACAACUAAAGGAUGCUUAUAAGGAAGGCAAUAAUGAAGAGAUAGUCAUUAAUAUCCAAGAAGACUGUCUUGAUAAUGGAAAGGAAGAUCUUCUUCUAGAAGAAAAAAAUAAGGAAUUAAUGAAUGAAUGUAAUUAUUUGAAAGAAAAACUGUUUCAGUAUGAGAAAGAAGCAGCAGAAGAAGUGAUUGUGAGACAACUUCAAGAAGAACUGGCCAAUCACCUUAAAUUUCCUAUGUCAGAUUCUCCACUGGAAGGUACAUCACAUUGUCACAUUAAUUUGGAUGAGACACAGGCCUCAAAGAAGAAAUUAUUUCAAGUAGGAAGUCAACCUGAAGGAAAACAUGAAGAAUUCGGGAAAUUUUUUGAGUUAAUAUCAUCACUGGAGUAUAAUGCGGAUCAAAUAAGAAAGAAAAAUCAUGAAUUAGAAGAAGAGACAACCGGAUAUAAGAAAUGCCUAGAAAUGACAAUAAAUAUGUUAAAUGUAUUUGGAAAUGAAGACUUCAGUUGCCAUGGAGACUUAAAUACAGAUCAACUGAAAAUGGAUAUUCUGUUUAAGAAGCUAAAACAGAAGUUCGAUGAUCUUAUGGCCGAGAAGGAAGCUGUAUCUUCAAAAUGUGUCAAUUUGGCUAAAGACAAUCAAGUUCUUCAACAGGAGUUUUUAUCUAUGAGAAAAAUACAAGAGAAAUGUGAAAAACUUGAGGAGGAUAAAAAGAUGUUGGAAGAAGAAGUAUUAACUCUUAAGACACAUAUGGAAAACAAUAUGGUAGAACUUGGUAAAGCACAAGAAUAUAAAUCGGAGCUAGAUGAAAAGACAAUGCAGAUAAUAGAAAAAUUAGAAGAAAUCCAUUUACAGGAACAAGCACAGUAUGAAAAACAAUUAGAGCAGUUAAACAAGGAUAAUACGGCUUCACUAAAUAGGAAGGAACUCACACUUAAAGAUGUGGAAUGUAAAUUCUCCGAAAUGAAAACUGCUUAUGAAGAGGUUACAACCGAAUUAGAAGACUAUAUGGAAGCCUUUGCAGUAGCGUUGAAAGCUAACAAUUCCAUGUCAAAAAAUUUAAUGAAAUCGAAUAAGAAAAUAGCAGUGAUCAGCACCAAGCUCCUUAUGGAGAAAGAGCGGAUGAAAUAUUUUCUCAGCACUCUUCCUAUAAGGCCAGACCCAGAGUUACCUUGUAUUGAAAAUCUUAAUAGUAUAGGACUCAACAGAAAAGAUAUUUCCAAAACACCCGUAAGAAUUCCUACUUCAAACCCACAGACUUCAAAUAACUGCGAGAACUCCUUGACUGAGAUGGAGCCGGACUGUGUAGAACAAAUAAUUAGAGAAACAAAGAAAACUUUUGAUGUGUUGGGCACUUGCUCCGGUCUACUUUCUUCUCUAGAAUCCACUGCCCUAGAAUGAGUAAUUUUUCUUAGAAGCAGAGUUGGAGCCACCGAGGAAGCACAG